AUGGAGGCGCGCGUGGCGCAGUCCGCAGCUCGGCUGGCGCGGCAGGAAAACGAGAUCAAGUUGUUAAGUGCAGAAAUUGAGCAUCUGAAGAACUUUGGAUGCUUGGGAGUCUCCCCGAGUUUGGAAGGGUUGCGAGACGAAAACGCAAAACUUAAGUAUCGGUUAAAUUUCCUUCGAAAGAGCCUUCAAGAGGAAAGAAGUAAAACAGCAAAAAGCAUGAUUAAUAUCAACAGCUGUCUUCAGGAGAUCUUUGGAGCUGCUAUUCAGGCUGCCUACCCAGAUUUAGAGAACCCUCCACUAGUGGUGACGCCAAGUCAGCAGCCCAAAUUUGGGGAUUACCAGUGUAACAGCGCCAUGGGCAUAACGCAGAUACUGCUCAAAACCAAGGAACAGAAGGUUAGCCCAAGAGAAAUCGCUGAGAAAAUAUCAAAAAACAUUCCUGCCAAUGAAUGCAUUGAGAAGGUUGAAAUUGCCGGUCCUGGUUUUAUCAAUGUCCACUUGAGAAAGGAUUUUGUGUCGAAGCAGCUGAGCAGUUUAUUGAUGAAUGGAGUUCAACCACCAGCUGUUGGCAAAAGGAAAAAGGUGGUGGUGGAUUUUUCGUCCCCUAACAUUGCAAAGGAGAUGCAUGUUGGCCACCUGCGGUCUACCAUCAUUGGAGAAAGUAUGUGCCGACUGUUCGAAUUUGCAGAUUAUGAUGUUUUGAGGUUAAACCAUUUAGGAGACUGGGGCACCCAGUUUGGAAUGCUCAUUGCUCACCUCCAAGACAAAUUUCCGGAUUACUUAACUGUUUCUCCUCCCAUUGGGGAUCUUCAAGCUUUUUACAAGGAAUCCAAGAGGAGAUUUGACACAGAGGAGGAAUUUAAGAAACGUGCCUACCAAUGCGUGGUGCUGCUGCAGAGCAAAAACCCAGACUUCAUUAAAGCGUGGGAACUGAUCUGUGACGUGUCGCGGAAAGAGUUCCAGAAAAUCUACAACUGCUUGGACAUCACGCUCAUAGAGAGAGGGGAAUCAUUCUACCACGAGAUGAUGAAAGACAUCGUGAAAGAAUUUGAAGAUAAAGGAUUUGUCCAGGUUGAUGACGGCCGGAAGAUCGUGUUUGUCCCAGGUUUCCCUGUCCCGUUGACAAUCAUGAAAUCGGAUGGAGGUUACACAUACGACACAUCCGACUUAGCUGCUCUUAAACACAGGCUGUGUGAAGAGAAGGCUGAUAUCCUUAUUUACGUUGUCGAUAGCGGCCAGUCGGUGCAUUUACAAACAGUGUUUGCAGCUGGACAGAUGAUUGGCUGGUAUGAUCCCAAAGUAACCAGAGUGGCCCAUGCCGCGUUCGGAGUGGUGCUGGGAGAAGACAAGAAGAAGUUCAAAACUCGUUCAGGGGAUACAGUGCGUCUUAUAGAUCUGCUGGAAGAAGGGCUGAAACGAGCUAUGGACAAGCUGAAGGACAAGGAACGGGACAAGGUCCUCACGGCAGAAGAGCUGAAAGCUGCCCAGACAUCAGUUGCUUUUGGAUGUAUUAAAUAUGCAGAUCUCUCCCACAACAGACUAAAUGAUUACGUAUUCUCCUUUGACAAGAUGCUGGAUGACCGAGGAAACACAGCUGCAUAUUUGCUGUAUGCCUUCACACGGAUCAGGGCUAUCGCUCGCCUGGCCAAUAUAGAUGAGCAGAUGCUGCGGAAGGCAGCCAGGGAGGAGGUGCUCAUCCUUGACCACGAGAAGGAGUGGAAACUGGGCAAGUGCAUCCUGAGGUUCCCUGAGAUCUUGCAGAAGAUCCUGGAGGACUUGUUAUUGCACACGCUCUGUGACUACCUUUAUGAGCUGGCCACCACCUUCACCGAGUUCUACGACAACUGCUACUGCGUUGAGAAGGACAGGCAGAGUGGCCAGAUCAUGAAGGUGAACAUGUGGAGGCUGCUGCUGUGUGAAGCCACUGCCACCAUCAUGGCCAAAGGGUUCGACAUCCUGGGGAUUAAGCCUGUGCAGAGGAUGUAGCUGUUUCCUGUGGAGUGACAAUAAAGGGACGAAACAACUGGAGGGGUCUGUGUCUGUUGGUGUGGAGUUGCGGUAAGGGAAGAUGCUCUAGGGGAGCAGCACCCCCUUAGGAGAGAAAAGAAGGAAGAAAUGAAAGGCAAGGAGGAAGUAAGGGAAGAAGGAAAGAAAGGAGCGGGGUGGGAGGAAGGAAAGUAAGAAAGGGGGAGAACAGGAGCAUGGCUUCAGAAGCUGCAGGUACAGAGGCAGACAAGAGGGGCCGUGGGCACAGCUCAUAGCAGAUCUCUGUGCAGGAACCAAACCCUGCAGGCCCAUGACCAGGACCACUCUGCUUCAAUCUGCAGAGUUUAAGGACUGAGAACUCAGAACACCCAAGAGCACCUCCAGGAAACCCUCCAACCACAGUACAGUCACCCACACUCCCAGACCCAGCCUUACUCUGAUGACUCCCACCAUCCU